AUGUCUACCUCCAACGAAGACAACCUCCGCAUCGCCCAUGAGGCAGAGAAAGACCUCAACUCCUACCAGGCUAAGCAGGGUCUUGGCCCCAAGAGUGAUUCAGCACAAGAGUCCGGCGUCAAUGAGUUAGUUGAGAAGCGCUUCCCAGAAGCUGGAAAUGUCAAGUAUGGUCCUGGCGCCACCGCCUCUGGUAGCGACCACCGAAAGAUCCCCGAAGAUGAGGGCGGUACCCGUGAUGACCGUGGCAGACUUGCCCAAGCAAAGGAUUUCCAGGGCAAGGGUGGCCCUGAGGACAGCGUCAAGAUCGAGUCCGAGCGUCGCCCUGGCGACCAAGAAGUCCCUAAUCUUCAGGAUCUGAAGCGCCGUGGUGUUGCGCAAUAA